AUGAAGAUCUCCUUCCUGCUAAGCACCAUCGCCUUCUUCGUCAGCCAAGCGGCAGCAUGGCAUGGUUCCAUGGCUGCCUCGGGCUACUUUGACCCGGGCAAUGGAAUCCGCCAACUCAUCUACCUCACCGACUAUACCACCGGAUCGACGUGGCAAGCCACCUUUUACGGCGGGUUCAACGGCUGUACCCCAGAUAAGGGCCAUUGCGCGGUUUUUUUCGUCGAAACCAGUCCCGGAGGCUACGGCUUCGAGGCUUAUCUCUGGCGGACGAAUGACGGAUGCCAUAAUAUUGAUUUUGCUGGUGCCCUUGAUGCACAUCAUGGGUACUGCUGUGGGUCGCUUCCCUGCGAGCUUUGGGCGUAG